UUUAGGGAAGGGAUGACAUUCGAUUUAUAGAGGUGGUUUUAUUAGAACCAAACAAAAGUGUUGUUGCACUAGCAGAUGCAUACUUCUUCUCACCUCACCAAGGACCAGAAAUCAUGAAUAAGCUUCCUCCACGGCGAGCUAAGCUCACCCUUUACAAUAAGAGAAGGAAUGAGACAAGUAUAUGGAUUGUUGAGCUAGCUAAAGUGCAGGAUGGACAUGACAAGGGAAAAGUGAUUUCAUCCGAAGUCAUUCCAGAUGUUCAACCACCCAUUGAUUCUCAAGAGGAUGUUGAUUGUGAAGCUUUGAUGAAAAGUUAUCCUCCUUUUAUAGAGGCAAUGAUGAGAAGGGGCAUUGAUGAUAUGGAUCUUGUGAUGGUUGAUCCUUGGUGUGCUGGUUAUUUUAGUGAGGCAGAUUCUCCUCGUCGGAGGCUUGCUAAACCACUGGUGUUUUGCAAAACAAAGAGCAACUGCCCAAUGGAAAAUGGAUAUGCUAGGCCAGUAGAAGGAAUAUAUGUGCUUGUGGAUUUGCAGAAAAUGGAGAUUAUUGAGUUUGAAGACCGCAAACUUGUUCCCUUACCGCCAGUUGAUCCAUUUAGGAAUUACACCGCCGGUGAAACACGAGGAGGGAUUGAUCGCAGUGACGUUAAACCCCUGCAUAUUAUUCAACCGGAGGGUCCUAGCUUUAUCAUUAAUGGCAACUAUGUAGAAUGGCAAAAGUGGAACUUUAGGAUUGGUUUUACGCCAAAAGAAGGUUUAGUCAUACAUUGUGUUUCAUAUGUUGAUGGUAGCCGAGGCCGAAGACUCAUAGCCCACAGGUUAAGCUUUGUGGAACUGGUUGUUCCUUAUGGAGAUCCAAAUGAUCCCCAUUAUAGGAAGAAUGCAUUUGAUGCGGGAGAAGAUGGGCUUGGGAAAUAUGCCAAUUCACUCAAAAGGGGAUGUGAUUGUUUGGGAUAUAUUAAGUACUUCGAUGCACAUUUUACAAAUUUCACUGGUGGGGUUGAAACAAUUGAGAAUUGUGUGUGCUUGCACGAAGAGGAUGAUGGAAUACUUUGGAAACAUCAAGACUGGCGAACAGGCUUAUCUGAAGUUCGUCGCUCAAGGCGACUCACAGCUUCUUUUAUAUGCACUAUAGCUAACUAUGAAUAUGCAUUCUACUGGCAUUUCUACCAGGAUGGGAAAAUUGAGGCAGAAGUUAAACUUACGGGAAUUCUAAGUAUGGGAGCUCUGCAGCCUGGGGAAUCAAGAAAAUAUGGCACCGAGAUUGCUCCGGGGUUAUAUGCUCCGGUUCAUCAACACUUCUUUGUGGCACGCAUGAACAUGGCUGUGGAUUCUAAGCCCGGUGAAGCACACAAUCAGGUGGUUGAAGUGAAUGUGAGGGUUGAAGAACCUGGGAAUGAAAAUGUUCACAACAAUGCAUUCUAUCCUCAGGAAACUUUGCUUAGAUCUGAAUUGCAGGCAAUGCGUGACUGUGAUCCCUUUUCAGCUCGCCAUUGGAUUGUGAGGAACACAAGGACACUGAAUAGAACUGGACAACCAACCGGAUACAAGCUGGUUCCAGGUCCAAAUUGUUUGCCAAUGGCUGGUCCAAAGGCUAAGUUUCUAAGAAGAGCUGCAUUCUUGAAACACAAUUUGUGGGUAACUCAAUAUACUCCGGGAGAAGAUUUUCCAGGAGGGGAGUUUCUGAAUCAAAAUCCGCGUGUGGGCGAGGGAUUACCUUCGUGGGUAAAACAGGAUCGCAGUCUAGAAGAAACUGACAUUGUUCUGUGGUAUGUUUUUGGAAUCACGCAUGUUCCUCGCUUGGAAGACUAUCCUGUCAUGCCAGUUGAACAUAUUGGGUUUAUGCUCCAGCCUCAUGGAUUCUUUAAGUGCUCGCCGGCUGUGGAUGUGCCUCCGCCGCAAGGAUGCCACUUAGAAACUAGGGAGACUUAUCAUGUAGACACGGCUUCGUCUCCUCCGGCCAUCUCCUAAUUUGAUCGCUAAACUAUGAAUAAUGUCACGUUUUGCUUUGGUUCUUAAAUCAAUCUAAAGUUUCUUAGACCUAAAGAUAAUACAAUACCUACUUGUCUUU